AUGUCGGAUAUAAAAGAUGUGGCACCUUUGACAGUAAAGCAGUGUGCCACCGAGGCGUUGACGGCAAUGGCAACCCUAGAUACAAUGACAGGCUUAGCGGUGUUUCUGGUUCUGGUGACAGCGGCUCUGGGUGCCCACCAGCAGUCACUGGCUGACCCGCCGGUAUGUCCAGAGCGGAUCCCGGGCGUGACACUCAACAUUACCUUCUACCCAAAUGAAGACGACUGCACCAAGUACUGGGAGUGUGACAACGGAAACCUUUAUAACGGAUCGUGUACUGAUGGCUUGAUUUGGAAUCCCAAUGUGGACUCUUGUGACUGGCCGUAUAAUUACGAUUGUCCUUAUGAUAGGAAACUACCUAUUGACGUCAUAGACUGUCCUCAGCCAUCCCCAGGUGAGAGUUUCAACGUUACGUUCUACCCCAAUGAGGAAGACUGCACCAAGUAUUGGGAAUGUGACAAUGGACUUUUGAGAAAUGGAUCUUGUCCUAAUGGUCUCAUAUGGAACAACGACUUACAGGUCUGUGAUUGGCCUUACAACUACGACUGUCCUUAUGACAAGAAGGGACUUAUUGUCUUUUCAGAUGCCACACCAGACUGUCCACAACCAUCCCCAGGUGAGAUAUUUAACGUUACUUUCUACCCCAAUGAGGAAGAUUGCACCUUGUAUUGGGAAUGUGACAAUGGACUUCUGAGAAAUGGAUCUUGUCCUAAUGGUCUCAUAUGGAACAACGACUUACAGGCCUGUGAUUGGCCUUACAACUAUGACUGUCCCUAUGACAAGAAGGGACUUAUUGUCUUUUCAGAUGCCACACCAGACUGUCCACAACCAUCGCCAGGUGAGAUUUUCAACGUUACGUUCUACCCCAAUGAGGAAGACUGCACCUUGUAUUGGGAAUGUGACAAUGGACUUCUGAGAAAUGGAUCAUGUCCUAACGGUCUCAUAUGGAACAACGACUUACAGGCCUGUGAUUGGCCUUACAACUAUGACUGUCCUUAUGACAAAAAGGGCCUUAUUGUCCUUUCAGAUGCCACACCAGACUGUCCACAACCAUCCCCAGGUGAGAUUUUCAACGUUACGUUCUACCCCAAUGAGGAAGACUGCACCUUGUAUUGGGAAUGUGACAAUGGACUUCUGAGAAAUGGAUCUUGUCCUAAUGGUCUCAUAUGGAACAACGACUUACAGGCCUGUGAUUGGCCUUACAACUAUGACUGUCCUUAUGACAAAAAGGGCCUUAUUGUCCUUUCAGAUGCCACACCAGACUGUCCACAACCAUCCCCAGGUGAGAUUUUCAACGUUACGUUCUACCCCAAUGAGGAAGACUGCACCAAGUAUUGGGAAUGUGACAAUGGACUUCUGAGAAAUGGAUCUUGUCCUAAUGGUCUCAUAUGGAACAACGACUUACAGGCCUGUGAUUGGCCUUACAACUAUGACUGUCCCUAUGACAAGAAGGGACUUAUUGUCCUUUCAGAUGCUACUCCAGACUGUCCGCAGCCAUCGCCAGGUGAGAUUUUCAACGUUACGUUCUACCCCAAUGAGGAAGACUGCACCUUGUAUUGGGAAUGUGACAAUGGACUUCUGAGAAAUGGAUCAUGUCCUAACGGUCUCAUAUGGAACAAUGACUUACAGGCCUGUGAUUGGCCUUACAACUAUGACUGUCCUUAUGACAAAAAGGGCCUUAUUGUCCUUUCAGAUGCCACUCCAGACUGUCCGCAGCCAUCCCCAGGUGAGGUUUUCAACGUUACUUUCUACCCCAAUGAGGAAGAUUGCACGAAGUAUUUUGAAUGUGACAAUGGACUUUUGAGAAACGCGUCUUGCCCUAAUGGUCUCAUAUGGAACAAUGACUUACAGGUCUGUGAUUGGCCUUACAACUAUGACUGUCCCUAUGACAAGAAGGAAAGUAGUUCCCUGAGAGGCUUAGCGGUGAUUCUGGUUCUGGUGGCAGCGGCUCUGGGUGCCCACCAGCAGUCACUGGCUGACCCACCAGUAUGUCCAGAGCGGAUCCCGGGCGUUACAUUCAACUUUACCUUCUACCCAAAUGAAGACGACUGCACCAGGCCAGAGUCUGGAAUUGAUUUCGGAGUUGUGAGUGAGGAACGAGGAGAACUGCAGCAAGCUGAAAUUCCAGUGCCAGUGUUUCAAGAAUUACCCUCUUUGGAAAUACAAGAAGAUGCGUCGGGCGAAGAUCGAAGUGACCGCAGCGACGAAGAUAUUGAAGGUGACGGUGAUUCUAUUCGUAAAGGAUUUAAUCAGCAUGAGUUAAAUGACUUUGUACUGGAUUUGGGACUAUCCAAAAAAAUCAGAACUUACAGCAUCAAGACUGCACGAAAAAAACUUGUUAGAAAAAUGAGCUGA